CAAUAUCACAUGUAUAUUAAAAUUAACCUAAUCUGUACUGAAAAGUGGAUUAAAAAUAUAUUUCUGAAUUAAAUAUUAUGAAAAGGAUAACUAUUUAUUCAUAAAAAGUAUCAAAGACAUGUUUCGUAAAAAAAUAUCGUACAUUGCACAGCUGAGCACUGUUGGUUUAGCUGGAUAUGCGUUAGGACAGUACAACAGCAAAAGUAUUGAUAAUUUAAGUGAAAAUUCAUUAUUGAUCAAUGGAAAAACUAUCAGAAAUAUGCCUGGCUUACCUAUUUUCGGCACAGUAUCAGCUGCGGCUCCUUAUACUGAUGGUGGGAUUGUUAAAGACAGGAUAUCUCAAAUAAUGAAAUAUGGAUUUCCUGGCUUAGAUAAUGUGAGGUCAUAUGAUGAUUUUGUUUUGUCAUAUGAUCGCCGCAAUAGAGUUCCUCAUUGGGUCUUUGAACAUUUAACCAAAGCACAUGUAACUAAAAAUGACCAAGUUGACCGAAGCAAAUGUGAUUUUAAGCCAGAUGAAAGUAUUCAUCCAUUCUUCAGGUCUCAAAACAGUGACUACAAAGGGUCUGGUUUUGACCGUGGUCAUAUGGCCGCUGCUGGCAACCACCGAAUCACACAGAAACACGUUGACCAGACCUUCUAUUUAACAAAUAUGGCGCCACAGGUCGGGCAAGGUUUCAACAGGGACGCGUGGAACAGUCUCGAGAAGCAUGUUAGGAAGCUGACUAAAGUAUAUGACAACGUUUAUUGUUGCACUGGGCCUUUAUAUUUGCCAAGAAAGGAAUCGGACGGAAAGAGCUACGUUAGAUACCAAGUGAUAGGUGCUAACACAGUGGCAGUGCCUACUCAUUUUUACAAGGUAGUUGUUGGGGAAACGUCAGACGGCACCCUCGACAUGGAGGCCUAUGUGAUGCCCAAUCAGAAGAUCCCCGACGAGACGCCCGUGUCCUCCUACAUGGUGCCACCAGAGACUAUAGAACGUGCAGCUGGUUUAUUAUUCUUCGAUAAAAUUCAUAGGAGUAAAUUGAAUAGAAUAAAUGGUAAAAAAAUAUGAAUAAAAAGGUCAUUUAAUUGAGUUUCAAUUUGAGACUGCCUAGAUAAUUUAAAGAAAGCGGACACUUACAUUGAUACGCGUUAAGAUAUUGCCAAUCAUUUAUUUAAGUAAAAAAUUAAAUGAAAUUAUAUGUGAAACCUAUCUAGGCUCGGAUUCGAUUCAAGUGUGGUUGAAUGGCAUACCUAGUAAUUAAUUUUGAAGUAAUGAUGUGACUGUGUAUACGUAUUUAGUAAUUUAUGGAGAUUUUGCAAUUUAAUUUUACCAAUUAUAUAUACUUGAUGUGACUUUUUAUAUAUAUUAUUAUUAUUAUAUUUGAUUUGUUAUUGAC